UAGGUGUCAUGGCCGAUGAUCCAGACGAAUGGCGCUCUUUAACAGACUCCACGGAGUGUACGCCCAUGCUAAAGAAGAAGGGAGUACGGUCUAUCACAACCUACAAUGUUCUACUUCUCUUCAUGCUCUCAAUCUUCAUGUUCAUGACAGGGGUACAGUACAAUAUUUCCCAGAUGAUAUCCUACCAUCAGUCCUGUCAAUGGAGCGUACCACAUACCUUCCUAGCAUUAGAACCUACAAUGUUGGUAGCUGUUAUAGGCUCCUCAGCCUUUAUAACCGGUAUACUGAGUGAUGUGUACGGCAGAAGGAGAGUGAUGAUUGUGGUAGUUGUUGUUCUCUCCACGGGUAUACUCUUAUGUGGGAUAGCUCAGGACAUCAUACAGUAUGAGGUCGGGAGAAUGGUGACAGGGUUCUGCCUUGGAGCGAUGUUCAACCUGUGUAUUGUUAUGUGGCUGGAGAGUAGUCCUAUCAGGAUAAGAAAGCUGGGUAUUCUCGUUCUCAUGGUCAUGACCUCGUUGGGACACGCUUCUAUUGUUUUCUUUGAUUACUUCAUAAUGGUUCCCUACGGUUGGAAUUCCGGGGUAUUGAUUAAUUUAUUGAUACUGAUCCCAGCCUACAUUAUACUGUUCCACUCGAACGAAACGCCUCAAUACCUCAUGAGUCAAGGCAGGGUACCAGAAGCUUUAAAAGCGGCUAGAAGAUGUGGCAUGGUCGAAGAGGAUAUGGUAGAUAAGAAGCAACAUGCUAAAUCAAGAACAGGGAGUGUCAAGGCGAUAUUCAGUCCUGCGUACAGGUGGACCACUCUAAACCUCAUCUUUCUAUUUGGGCUGCAUCGGCUGGUAGAAAUCGGUCUGAUAUUUGGGGUACCUUACAUAAUGGCGGUUAAUUUCUGUGACGAACCGGAGAUGAUAGCUCAGAACGUGACAGAAUGGGUGGAAAUGCCUUCAGAUACCAUGGCCUGCCUUCAGUUCUCCUUCAAUGACUACCUCUUUAUCUUCAGUUUUGCUAUCUUUGGGAUCCCAGGGUUUAUAAUCGGAGCCAUCAUUCAGUCCAACUAUUUGAAGAUACCCGAUCGUUACGGGAUCCUAGCAUUGACUGUGAUAGUUGGAAUACUGCUGGGAUGGUGCUCCUAUUGUGAUACUAGCUCUCACUGGAUGGUGGAACUGAAGCUGGGAUUAGUGCGCAUAUUCAUCGCUAGUCAGGACCAGAUGUUCUCCGUACUAGUUCCCUCUGUCUUCCCAACAAAGAUCCGUAACGGAGCCUGUGGUUUCGUGCGAGCAUGUGGAAUCAUCCUGUCUUCAAGUGGGCCCUUCCUCACCAUCUCUCUCUUCAACUACAUCUCCAUCAGCUGGAGUUUAGUUGUGCUCGCUAUCAUUUACCUUUUACGAAUACCUUUAGGUAUCGCUCUAAAAGCAUCUACUUCGCCCGUUGAAGAGAAAAAAGACGUUUCAAGAACGAGCUCUUUUGAUGACUUUGAUUCGUCGAUUGCUGAUUCUAUUUAAAGAGACAGAGUUCCCAUUCUGCUGCCACACCACUGGUGUAAUUAAUUCCGCCAUUCUAACUGAGCGCUUAAUCUUGAAUCUUCAGAUAGUGUCUCUAAAAUGAUAGAAUUAUUCUUGCGGUGUAUCACUACUCUUGCGGUGUAUCA